AUGGCAGUCUUCACCUCACUCAAUCACUUUGUCUCGCUCACUCGUUUUCCUUCUUCUUCUUCCUUCUUCUCCUCUUACGCUCACCGUCUCUUCCUUUCUCCAUCGAUAUCCUCUUCUUCAAUCAGAAGAUUCAAUCUCUUUUCCCUCAAACCAUCUCGAUCCUUCGCAAUCAUGUCGUCUUCAACCCCACACGGUGCUGAUUCUCCUCACCAAGAGAAAACCACCACCGCUCCUUAUGGCUCCUGGAAGUCUCCGAUCACCGCCGACAUCGUUUCCGGAGCUUCAAAGCGUCUUGGAGGGACCGCCGUCGAUUCUCGCGGCCGUUUAGUCUGGCUCGAAUCUCGCCCCAAUGAAUCCGGGAGAGGAGUUUUGGUAAUGGAAGGAGAAAAACCGGGAGAUGAACCAAUCGAUAUCACACCAAAAGAGUUCGCUGUGAGGACUUUAACUCAAGAAUACGGUGGUGGUGCUUUCCGGAUUUCAUCAGACGACACUGUUUUCUUCUCCAAUUACAAGGAUCAGCGACUUUACAAGCAACACAUCACUGAUAAAGAUUCAUCUCCGAGGCCAAUUACUCCAGAUUAUGGUGCACCAGCUGUUACUUAUGCUGAUGGAGUCUUUGAUGCACGCUUUAACCGUUACAUUACUGUUAGGGAAGGUUGGUUUGGACUCUCUACUGCUAAGUUUUGGGUGGUUUCUGAUGAUUUUACAUAUGAACUCACUGGCUUAAGUUUUACAGAUGGUCGCCAAGACAGAUCAAACCCAAUUACAGCGAUAGUGGAGGUCAGUUUGAGUGGAGAGACGCUUGAAGAACCGAAAGUAGUCGUGAGUGGCAAUGAUUUCUAUGCGUUUCCACGCUUGGAUCCUAAGGGUGAGCGACUGGCAUGGAUUGAAUGGAGUCACCCUAAUAUGCCUUGGGAUAAAGCAGAGCUUUGGGUUGGCUACAUUUCCGAGAGCGGAAAAAUUGAUAAGCGUGUAUGUGUUGCUGGUUCUGAUCCCAAAUAUGUCGAAUCACCCACUGAGCCAAAGUGGUCAUCAAGAGGCAGAAAGGGAAGUCAUAUCUUGGCAUUUUGGAUGAUUCGCAGGACAUUGGGAAAUCAAUGCCUUUAUGUUGAGGGAGCAUCAGCAGUUCUUCCACCAUCAGUUGCCAAGGUAACACUAGAUCAGCAGAAGAUGAAAGCACUCAGUUCUGAGAUUGUUUGGUCUUCUUCACCUGAUGUUUUGAAGUACGAGGCUUUCUUCAGCGUGCCAGAGUUGAUUGAAUUCCCAACAGAGGUUCCUGGUCAGAACGCUUAUGCUUACUAUUAUCCUCCAACCAAUCCGCUAUACAAUGCUAGCAUGGAAGAGAAACCUCCGUUGCUAGUGAAGAGUCAUGGAGGACCAACUGCUGAAUCACGUGGAUCCUUAAAUCUAAAUAUCCAGUACUGGACAAGUCGAGGAUGGGCAUAUGUUGAUGUCAACUAUGGUGGAAGCACAGGUUAUGGUCGAGAGUAUCGAGAGCGGUUGUUACGGCAGUGGGGGAUUGUCGACGUUGAUGACUGUUGUGGCUGUGCUAAACAUUUGGUGUCUUCUGGAAAGGCAGAUGUUAAGCGGCUCUGUAUAUCUGGAGGUUCCGCAGGAGGCUACACAACUCUUGCAUCAUUGGCAUUCAGAGAUGUAUUCAAGGCCGGAGCGUCCUUAUACGGGGUGGCUGACUUAAAAAUGUUGAAAGACGAAGGUCAUAAGUUCGAAUCCCGCUAUAUCGACAAUCUUGUUGGAGAUGAGAAGGAUUUCUAUGAGAGAUCACCAAUCAACUUCGUCGAUAAGUUUUCUUGCCCCAUCAUCCUCUUCCAAGGAUUAGAAGACAAGGUUGUAACUCCGGAUCAAUCCCGUAAAAUAUAUCAAGCAUUGAAGUUAAAAGGUUUGCCUGUAGCACUUGUCGAGUACGAAGGAGAACAGCACGGUUUUCGCAAGGCGGAGAACAUCAAAUACACAUUGGAGCAACAGAUGGUGUUCUUUGCACGAGUCAUAGGAGGGUUCAACAUUGCAGAUGACAUCACUCCUCUGAAAAUUGACAACUUCGACACUUCCAGUGAUGCGUAG